GUUGAGUCACGUAGCAAGAAUAAUAUGCACAAACCUUGAAAGUAUUUACUUAUUGAUGGACAACAAUAACAACGAUGCCCCCGAGCUUCGUUCUCAGGCAGCAAACAGUCUGAGAGAAGAAUUGCGAAACUUGCGCAUUCAAAAUCAACACCUUGAUGAAGCUGUAAAAACUGAUGAAAUGCGUCUUAGUGCACGAAAUGAUCGCUUGUUCUCAUUGCGAGCGACAUGCGCAACACUUGAACGCAAGAGAAAAAGCUUAUUGAAAGAAAAACAUAAAAAUCUUGAGGUCUUCUUACAGGGCGCUCGGGAGCUCUCACAGAGCAAGUUUUUCUCCCCAGCAACCCAUUUGCCACCGCCUGCUGAGGUUGAGCUCGCCUCGUGCCAGUACCUCAAUCAUCCGCCUGCUCAGUCUCCUAGAUCCCCGCAAGAUGGGGAAGCACCGACAAAUAUGAACUCAGUCAAUAAAAAUAAAAUGAGAAAAAUCAGCAACCAGCUCCGCCUCUUGCGCGAGGAAAACGCGGAGCUGGCUAGGCGAGCAAGUGAUUAUGGUAACCGAGCUGAUAUGAUCGACAGAUCAUUAUCUAUUGGACACCUUUCUGCACAAGUCAAGGCGUCACGGGAUAAGCAAAUGCUUUCAGUAAUGAAAAAGCAAGCGCAUGUGUUACGGAAUAGUAUAAAAUUUCUCACGUUGAAACUCAACAACAAAGUGACUUCAAAAUCCGAAGCCUAGAUGGCCAUCGCUAGUAAUGCUUUUUACUUUUUUAAAAAAAGCCGCAACGGCUGCGCCUACUAAAGGACAUCAGCAAAUUGGGUCAAAAUAUUACUAUAUUUUUUACACACAAAUGUUUAGAUUAUCUUUUUGAGUUUCAGAUUCUGCAUAAUAUAUAGACAUUAUUCCUAUAUUAUAGAACAUUAUCCACAAACGUGUAGUGCAGGGAAUCUAUAAAUGCUUUGUGUAAACAAUGUUCGUUUUGAGCUCAACUGAUUUCACGGUACUGCACAUGGUACUGCGGCACUUCCAAUUGGGGUAAGUGAUCUUAAGCACUGU